AUUUGCCAAAUAUGUCUACCAUUUGGUUUUCUGCACAGAUUUUUGCACAUUAAUUGGAAAAAAACUGUUAAUUAUAAAAUAAAAUGAGCUCAAAGUGGACCAAAGAGGACAAGUUGUAUUAAGAGGAGAAUAUGAGAACAAAAUGCAGAAUGCAGUCUAGCAAGCUAAUUUCUUGUGCUAAUAACUUAUGAAGUGUGUGCUAUAGUGACUUCUUUAUCAGUGUCCUUUGUUAAGUUGAAUUGACAUGGUGACUGUAACCAACAAACAAAUCCUCACCAGCUGAGAGAAAUGAUUGGUGAGGCUGAAAACAGUUUAGUGUAACGUUACCGCCUGAAUCUGUAAGCAACCUGAAGUGAAAGUUGAUUACUUUUUGAGAGAGUCUGAGAUGGAACACUCGGGAGAGUUCAGCUGUCCUGAUUGUAACAUGGCGUUUCGCUCCUUUGACCUUUUGGACAAACACAAGUCCCGGUUCUGUAUAGGAAGUGCCAUAGGAGACCCGACAGUGUUAAGGAGAGGGCGAGUGGAAAUCAGUGAGCCUGAAAAGGUGGAUUUGAGGGCAUUACGCCCCAGAAAGACAAAGACUCCUGAUCUAAUUCAUCUGAGUGAGCAGAGAGAUAAACUGCUAAGGCAGACUGAAAGACGAGAGACCCACAGAGAACCCAGCGUGGCUGACAGCCUGGCCUUUAACAGGCUCACUCAUGAGUUUCAUAAGCUGAGGAUGUCCAUUGAAGAGAGUCUGCCCAGAAGACACACAGAGGGAAUGUAUCCAGGCAGAAAGUGGGCUGAUGGAAAGAGGCUUCAGGAAGUGUGUGAACACCAUGAGCAGAAGCUGGCUGAGAUCCGGGCACACACCACCGAGCUGGAGCAACAGAGAAAGGAGAUUGAACGGCAGAUGGCCCUGGUUGGGAAUGAUGGAACGGUUCAUCUGAAGGAGAUGCUGCAUGAGCUGAAAGAACAGGAAGAGAGAAACGAGGAGGUUCUGUACCGACUCAGCACACAGAUCAAUGCACUACAUGGGGUAAAAGAUGCUGAUGUUGCGUCAGACCAGCUAGAGGACAGGAAGACACGACACUUCACCUUUGACCUCAUCUCUGCUGUGGAUGGCCUGCUCUCCAGCCAGAUAAGAGCUUUACAUCUAGCAUACAUACAGUCCGGUGGUUCUGAUCCAGAGGUUCUGGCCCAUCUGCAUGACCUGCAGGCUGAGGCUCACUCCCUGGAGCAGAGCAGACCUGCAGCUGAGCACAGGACGAGGAAGAAAAGACGAAUGAAGUCCUCUCAUGCAGCUCUGGGCUCAAGUAUUAUGGUAAUGGAGAACGAGAACCAGCAGCUGGAGGAACAGAUCCUCAAAUUGCAGAUAGACAGAGAGAGACGCAGAGGAAGAGCGGCUGGUUCAGAGCUCGAUCUGAUCCAGAGGCACCACAUCCAUCAAGUUGCCAGCCUGCAGGCUGAGAUCUCCAACCUGAGGAGAGAGGUGGAGAAAAGCAGGGGGAGAAAGACUCAUCCUCCUGCUCCAGAAUACAGUUCACAGCAGCAUUCACUAAUGGACAGACAUGUGAUUGACUCAGUGGACUCUCUUGGUCCUGCUCCUUAUGAUCCUGCGUCUGGAUUUGUGAUCUUCUAUGACCUGGUCCUUGGUGUGGAUGCCACGUUUAGAACGGUUCUUCUGGUAGCCAGGCUGUACUCUGGGGGGCAAGAAAUCGGGCGGCCCACCCCCAUGCCACCUGUCCACUGCCAGCCUGCUGGGGCUUUAGGCUAUCCACUGAGAAGGCAUGCUGGAAACUAUGCCUUACUAGCUGUCAAGCAGCCUGUGCACAGGGUGCAGCCAUCUCCAUCUCUCUACUUGGUGGUGGAAGUUCAGGUUGUUGGUGGUUUUGACUUGUGUGAUCAGGAGAUGGGAGGCUGGUCCAAACUGCAGCUCUUUGACAGUCACAAUCAGGUUCAGAGUGGAUUCUGGAAACUUCCUUUCCGCUCUCUGCCUGUGAGACCGUCUCUCAGCCCGGGCCAACUCAACUCUGUACCUCAGUUGGGUAACAUGGAGAUUUGCCUUCGCAUAGUUAAUGCUCGUGAUGAAGAUGUACAGUCACUUGCUAAGAUCGAUCCUAACAAUAGCAGGCAGUACAAAUACCCAUCAGUGGUCACCUCACACUCAAACACUGACUUGGAAGAACAAACAUCCCAGCCGAAAACAUUACAACUUUCACUCAAUCCUUUUCUUUCAUCAUUGGCCCAAACUGAUCAUGUGGAUCCUCCCCCUAAGGACAGUGGUCAGAGGUGAGAAGGAGAGAUGAACCCCAAACCAAUCGGAUCUGGGCUGUUCUGAAUAUGUACAUGUUGAUCAAUUCAUUGCCAUGAUGUGUUCUGAGUCUCACUCAUCCCAGCUGAUUUGCAAAUUCUAAUUAGAUUGACUUAUAUACACCACAAUGCUGUUGACUGCUUGAUUCUAAUUGGUCAGAAGGUGUUGAUUACUUUUCUGUAACAGCAGCAGUGACAGUUGUUCUGGCUGCAAGGCAAAUCACAGGUUUAUAUUUGUGCUUGUUCUAAUAUGUUGCUGUUUGUAUAGUAACACCAUCCACAGGCCCUUGACACUUUCUGUAAGGACAUGUUUAUUUAACAUUUUUGGAAGGAGUCUUCAGUGUCAGUGCUUUAUGACAGAUUGACGGCUCUACAACAUUAAGUGUGCAAUGUCAUUGUUUAAUCAUGAAAAAAAAUGGUAACUAUUGGCAAAUCGCUGUGGUGUAAGAGGAAUAAACCACUUGGAUGUGUGUUGUUAUUGGAAAAUAAUCUGCUUUGAUAAUCUUUGAUUAUUUUCCUAUAUCAGCAAAAUCCCAAGUGUUUUAUUCUGUCAUUUGUGCAGUGUGAUGAUCAGUUUGGAUGUUUUGCCGUUUUGUUGUUUUCCCUUCUGAAAAUGAAAUGAUUCUUAGAUGUGCAUUGAAUAGACAAUAAACUGUGUCUAAAUUAUUUGAAUGUGAGUUUAUCACAAACUACUCUGUAUCUGUAAUACACACUCUCCCAAAAGAAAUAAGGACACCAUUGCUCUUUCCCAGCUGUGGGACUCACUGUGUAAAAUUCACUAGCUGCUUUAGGUACAUAUGAUUUGAUUGCAUUUACCUACCUCUUCAUUUUAAACGAACACUGGGAGUGGCAGCUUGUAAUUCUGUGAGAAACAAACAAUUACUUUACUUCAGAUCAGAUUUGUUUCAUGGCUCUUGAGGGGGAGGUAUGAUUUAAAUAUUGCAGCACAGCCUGCUUCGUCACCUCACAGCCUUACUACUGGAGUCCCUCAGGGAUCAGUUCCUGGUCCACGCUUCCUGUUCCUUCAUACUAAAUCACUGGGCUGAGUGGUCAGACCUCAAACUGAACCAAACUAGUCUACCUACUGGUGAAGAACUCCUCUCUGAUGGACCUGUCAAUCACUGUCAACACACUCGCAUUGAAGUUGAGCUGGCAUGCAGGUGUGUAUGAUGCCUAAUGCUGAUGAUGCUUGGCAUGUGCUCCUCUAAGGUCUAAACAAGUGUAAACUCUCUUUGCUUCUAAAGAUGUUCCUGAUUUUUAUUUUCUAAAGUUGGUUAUUAAUCAUUGGUUAUUUUCUACAUUUUGGCUACAUCUAAUCUUUUUCUUACUGGUUGUCUUUGUAUCCCUUCUAUAUUUCCUGAACCUAUUUAUGCACAAACAAUGGUUUGAAAUUGUAUUGCCACCUACACCAUUUUCACUUGAACAAACUAGUACAUCUUCCAGAGUUUUUUCAUUUUGUAAGUCAGACUUAGCCACAACAUCUGCUAAAUGCAAAGCUAAAGGACACAGUGUGUCAAGAGGCCUGGUCUGGCAAAGAGUUAUCCCUCCAUGAGGAUAUAAUCAGGGUAGUCCCAGUAUUCCUGUAGGUUUAUUUAUUCUUCCUCUCUCCAUUUCAUGCCUCGUCUCUGAGUUUAUAACACUCCGUGUCUGCAGUCAACUCUCAGUUCUUUUAUAUUAACAUUAGGUCUUACAUAUACUGUGCCCAGAUUUCCAUAAGUGCAUGGUUAUGAAAAUGCACAUUACUUUCACAGCUACUGGUUAUCAGUAGUUACUUGUUUCACUUUCAUGUGUCACUGAUAAAGGAGUUCAAGUCAAGGAUGAGAGUACUCUCACUGGAGGAGGGUGCCAUUUUACAUACACUAUAACUUAAUGCAAAACCAAGACCUCUGAUGCAAGUUAAAUUUUACCCUUAACUUAUCACAGGUAUGAAAAAGGCCAAUAGAUAACAUUGGAAACAAUAUUGCAUUCAAGAAAUAAUUAACAUUGAUAUUUAUUCCCCUUACAUCCAAGUACUCAUUUCAGAUUUUUACAAAUCCCCAAAGUCCCCCAGUUAUUUUUGCCCACUCUGGUUGCAUCUAUUUCACUUCUAAAUGUUUUCAUUGCUGGUCUCUGUGAAGGGUCAAUAUUUUCUGAUUCUGCUGCCACCCUCC